AUGCUGCCUUCGCACGGAGAGCUCCCUUCGCCACGAGCGCUGCCUUCGCAGGGCGUGCUGCCUUCGCAGGGCGUGCUGCCUUCGCAAAGAGUGCAGCCUUCGCAAGGAGUGCUGCCUUCGCAGGGCGUGCUGCCUUCACAGGGAGUGCUGCCUUCGCACGGAGUUGUGCCUUCGCACGGAGUGCUGCCUUCGCAGGGAUCGCUGUCUUCACAGGUAAUGCUGCCUUUUCAGGGAUUGCUGCCUUCGCAGGGAGUGCCGCCUUUGGUGGGAGUGCUGCCUUCGCACGGAUUGCUGCCUUUGCAGGGAGUACUGCCUUCGCAGGGAGUGCUGCCUUCGCACGGAUUGCUGCCUUCGCAAGGAGUACUGCCUUCGCAGGGAGUGCUGCCAUCGCAUGGCGUGCUGCCUUCGCAAGGAGUGCUGCCUUCGCACGAACUGCUGCCUUCGCAAAGAGUGCUGCCUUUGCAGGGCGUGCUGCCUUCGCAGGGAGUGCAGCCUUCGGCGUGCCGCUUCGCAGGGAGUGCAGCCUUCGCAAGGAGUGCUGCCUUUGCAAGGAGUGCUGCCUUUGCAAGGAGUGGUGCCUACGCAAGGAGUGCUGCAUUCCCAGGGAGUGCUGCCUUCGAAGGGAGUGCGGCCUUUGCAGGGAGUGCUGCCAUUGCCGGGAAUGCUGCCUUCGCAAGGGUUGCUGCCAUCGCAACGAGUGCUGCCUUCGCAGGGCGUGCUGCCUUCGCACGGAGUGCUGCCUUCGCAAGGAGUGCUGCCUUCGCAGGGCGUGCUGCCUUCGCAAGGGGUGCUGCCUUCGCAAGGAGUGCUGCCUUAGCAGGGCGUGCUGCCUUCGCAGGGAGUGCUGCCUUCACACGGAGAGCUGCCUUCGCAAGGAGUGCUGCCUUCGCAGGGCGUGCUGCCUUCGCAGGGCGUGCUGCCUUCACAAGUAGUGCUGCCUUCGCAAGGAGUGCUGCCUUCGCAGGGCGUGCUGCCUUCGCAAGGGGUGCUGCCUUCACAAGGAGUGCUGCCUUAGCAGGGCGUGCUGCCUUCGCAGGGUGUGCUGCCUUCGCAAGGGGUGCUGCCUUCGCAAGAAGUGCUGCCUUCGCAGGGUGUGCUGCCUUCACACGGACUGCUGCCUUCGCACGGAGUGCCGCCUUCGCAGGGCGUACUGCCUUCACAGGGAAUGCAGACUUCGCAAGGAGUGCUGCCUUCACAGGGCGCGCUGCCUUCGCAGGGAGUGCUGCCUUCGCACGGAGUCGUGCCUUCACACGGAGUGCUGCCUUCGCAGGCAGUGCUGCCUUCGCAAGGAGUGCUGCUUUCGCAAGGAGUGAUGCCUUCGCAUGGCGUGCUGCUGUCGCAAGGACUGCUGCCUUCGCAAGGUGUGCUGCCUUCGUAGGGCAUGCUGCGUUUGCAGGGAGUGCAGCCUUCGCAAGGAAUGCUGCCUUCGCCAGGUGUGUUGCCAUCGCAAGGAGUGCUGCAUUUGCAGGGAGUGCUGCCUUUGCAGGGAGUGCUGCCUUCGCACAGAGUGAUGCCUUCGCAGGGAGUGCUGUCUUCGCACAGAGUGAUGCCUUCGCUGGGAGUGCUACCUUCGCAUGGAUUGUACCCUUCGCAGGGAGUGCUGCCUUCGCAUGGAGUGCUGCCUUCACAGGGAGUUCUGCCUUCGCAGGGAGUGCUGCCUUCGCUAGGAGUGCUGCCUUCACAGGGAGUGCUGCCUUCGCUAGGAGUGGUGCCUACGCACGAAGUGUUGCCUUCACACAGAGUGCUGCCUUUGCACGGAGUCGUGCCUUCGCAUGGAGUGCUGCCUUUGCUACGAGUGCUGCCUUUGCAGGGAGUGCUGCCUUCGCACGUAGUGCUGCCUUCGCUAGGAGUGCUGCCUUCGCAUGUAGUGCUGCCUUCGCACGUAGUGCUGCCUUUGCACAGAGUGCUGCCUUCACAAGGAGUGCAGCCUUCAUACGGAGUGCUGCCUUUGCACAGAGUGCACAGGUUGAAGCCUUCACAUGGAGUGGAGCAUUUCCACAGACUGAAGACUUAGCAUGCAGUGCAGCCUUCGCAUGGAGUGCAGCCUUUGCAUGGGGUGCAGCCUUUGCAUGGAGUGCAGGCUACGCAUGGAAUGCAGGCUUCGCAAGGAGUGCUGCCUUCGCAAGGACUGCUGCUUUCGCAAGGGGUGUUGCCUUCGCAAGGUGUGCUUCCUUCGCAAGGAGUGCUGCCUUCGCAAAGAGUGCUGCCUUCGCAAAGAGUGCUAGCUUCGCAAGGAGGGCUGCCUUCGCAAGGAGUGCUGCCUUCGCAAAGAGUGCUGCCUUCGCUAGGAGUGCUGCCUUCGCUAGGAGUGCUGCCUUCGCAGGGAGUGCUGCCUUCGCAGGGAGUGCUGCCUUCGCACAUAGUGCUGCCUUCGCUAGGAGUGCUGCCUUCGCACGUUGUGCUGCCUUCGCACGUAGUGCUGUCUUUGCACAGAGUGCUGCCUUCACAAGGAGUGCAGCUUUCGUACGGAGUGCUGCCUUUGCACAGAGUGCUGCCUUUGCACAGAGUGCUGCCUUCUCACAGAGUGCUGCCUUCGCACGGAGUUUUGCCUUUGCACAGAGUGCUGCCUUCGCAAGGAGUGCUGCCUUCGCAAGGAGUGCUGCCUUCGCAGGGAAUGCUGCCUUCGCAAGGGCUGGUGCCUUCGCAAGGAGUGCAGCCUUCGCAAGGAGUGCAGCCUUCGCAAGGAGGGCUGCCUUCGCAAGGAGGGCUGCGUUUGCAGGGAGUCUAGCCUUUGCAAGAAGUGCUGCCUUCCAAAGAGUGCUGUCUUCACAAGGAGUGCUGCCUUCGCAAGGAGUGCUGCCUUCAAAAGAAGUGCUGCCUUCGCAAUGA